GCAAAGAAGACAAACGAGCAAUGCGACCGCGUGCUGUGUUCCGCGCUUGAUUGUAUGGUUUCUUUUGCCGUCGGCGUUUGCUUCAUGUUGUCAGAGUAAGAGAGGCAUCGAAAGAUGCGCGUGGGAAGGACCUAAUGAACCGUUACGUACGACUGUGUCUAUCCAGUUGACCCCUAUUGGCCCAUUUUGCUGUCUUCGUCUCUGUUUCCCCGCAGUGCGUGACGGUGUCUUACAGCGACCUUCUGUAUCACAGAAAACCUCACAAUGGAUUUCUUCGUGUGCCACCCAUCAAAAGGACGGUCAGCUUCACUCUUGAGGGCAGUGGCCCUGUUUUCCCUGGCCGUCCACUGUGGACUGCUCCUCGUUGAGAGCCGCCGCGUCCGCGAGACAGGCGUUGCACGGUGCUUCUUUCGCACUGGAGAUGCGGCCCGCGAUGCGAAUUUAACACCAUUUUACGUUCCUGCCGAUGACCGGCAAAUGUACGAAGAGGGGAUUAGAGACUACGUAGCUCAAAUGGGUGCCAGCAACGAGCAAUUCUCCGUGGUGUGCACCGAAACGCGGGAGAAAGACGUCAAAUGUGAGUUGUGUCUGUACAACGAGGUGUCAGAGGAUCGCAAGCAUGUUCGACAAGGCCAAGUUCUGGACACCAUGCUUCUCGAAUGCAUUGAAGGAAAGUUCAUUCAAGGGUCCGUAAUGUCGAACUCUCAGUACCACCCGAUCUGUUACCCCCCUCCACAGAGACCUACGCGUGAUGUGACUGAAGCAAAAGGACGGAGCGUCAAUCCUCACCAACAACUUGGCGAGUUGGGCACGAAGAGUGCAGGUGAAGAAUCUUGUGGCACCGGCAACAAAGAAACAGGUGGCUCCUAAUGUACUAGGAAACAAAUCGUAGAUGGGCCUUAUCGAUUUUGACCGGAAAGUCUUGCUCUGCCGUGGCGUUUUGUUUCCCCUUCCUCCUGCUCCGUAUUGGCGAAACGUGUGGCACACUCGACCUAGGCCACGUGCAUUGAUUUUGGGGAACGUAUAAUGCCGAAAUUUGCUGCGUUCCGAGUGCAAUCCUCUCAUAUAUACAUAUAUGUGUAUAUAUCUGGAUGGUAUUUGCGGGAGCGGGGAAGGUCGCUUGUCGCUGCCUAGUUUCCUCUGUUGCAGGAGAGAAGCGUGAAGCGGAACAAAGGGUUAUCUCGCUGACGGUGUGUGAUGUGAUGGAAAAGAUUGCAAACCGAUGAGUUCAUCGAAGGUAGUAGAGGCGACUUCAGAGUUCACUAUGCUCUUACAAAAGCUGUUCUUCUGUCGGUGUCAUCUAUUCUUGACGAUUCAGUGCCGUAAUCGGGCCGAGGUGGACUGUCUCUUUUUUUGCCGUCGUGAACAGGGAAACACCGCACCGUAAAUGGUGGCUUAUCCAGAAUUUAUGGUCUCACCACUGGCACACGAUGUGGAACCAACACUACCAUAUGGUCGUUGUGGCAGCGGUCACGUAAGAACGAGUCUAAGAAAUUGCCGUGGAAAUGCGUUUUGGCAAAAUGGGACCUGCGUAGGAAGCGAGUGGUGAGUGGUUGCAGGCACCCGAAAUCUGAGGAAAUAGCGAAGGCGAAGUAUUGUGCUUUGAACGUCGCACACUGCAUUUUGAUGUGCAGUUGUCAUCGGUUGACUGUUGGGAGG